UUCAAGUCGUUUGGUUGUGUUUUUUCGUUCGUACAGUUCUCCGGGUAGUGUUUUCUUUACAUUAUUCUGGUUUUUAUUUAAUGCUUGCUACUCCCUGUGUGGCAGUUUUUCUCUGACUGCAAAUUUUCUGUCGCUAGAACAAACUAGGAGCUUUGUUGAUGGAUGUACAGGAAUAAAAUCGUAAAUUUUUCGCAUAGUGGAGUGCGACAGAAUAUGCAGAGAGUAUGAACUACUAAAACUGACAGGAAGUAUUCGCUGUGUGCAUUUCCGUCACUGGAAAGUAUUUUUUUUACAUGAACAAUAAGGUAUUGGCAUUUGUGGACGGUGUAUCGAACCUGCACAGAAUAUUUUCCGGUGUUAAAUUAAUUAGUGGCGUACAAGAUUAUAUGACCGCAAGCAGAAAUAUGAUUAGUUUUCUAGCUAACUAACUAAGGUAAUUGCAGGUCGCUUUCAGGUUUCUUGUGCUUCGCGGAAUUAAUUGAAUUAUUGUUGAAAAGUACCUAGUGCAUUAAAAAUAUAGAGUGUUAAAAUUGGCUAAUAGUGCUAGCGAAUAAUAUUGUGCAACGUAAACAAAACAGAAGGUUUGUUCAACCAAAAUUGCUCAGGAAGGGGCACAUAUCACGCGGAUUUGCCCGAGCUAUAAAUUGCUUCCAGCUGGAGAAACAUUUGCUUUAUCACAAUCAUCGCCAUCAUCAUCAUCAGCAGCAGCAACGGUACCGGUUCGGGAGCAACAGAGAGCGGCCGCUACUGUUCAAAAGCGAGUGGCAGACGGGAAACAAUCUACUUCCUUCGAACACCAGAUUUCUCUACGUCACACUCGUGAGUGUCGGAAAAUAACUUGAAUUCUACGCAAUUUAAUGACGUUAUAAUCUGCAAGUUUUCGCUUGUAGCACACAUUGUCGCGAAGGGCAGUAUCGAAACGGCCGGAUUGUGGCUCGUACGCUGGACCGACCCAGAGCGUCGUGUCAACAUCAUAUAGCCAAGGCAGAAACGGCGCCGCCGGCAACACCAUGUGGGACUCCCAACUGGUGUGGGCUCGGGAUUCCCAGCAGGGCUACAUCCAGGGCCGGAUCACCGAAAUCGGUGCCCACGAGUACGAGGUACAGCCGCUGGACAGCAAACAACCCCGGCGGAACUGCAUCCUGGAGGAUAUCUUCGCUUCCUGUGAAGCCGUUUCCGAUCAUGAUGAUAACUGUGAAUUAAUGUUCCUAAAUGAGGCUACUCUAUUAGACAAUAUCAAAAACCGAUAUUAUAAGGACAAAAUUUACACAUACGUAGCAAAUAUCUUAAUUGCUGUAAAUCCAUACAAAGAGAUUCGGGAUCUGUACUCGAAGGCAACCAUCAAACGAUACAAUGGCAAAUCACUGGGCGAGCUUCCGCCGCACGUCUAUGCCAUUGCGGACAAGGCGAUCCGUGAUAUGCGCGUACUGAAAGUGUCGCAAUCCAUUAUCGUUUCGGGAGAGUCCGGUGCCGGCAAGACGGAGAGCACCAAGUACUUACUGAGGUACCUGUGCGAUGCAGCCGCGACGGCCGGUCCCAUCGAGCAGAAGAUCCUAGACGCUAAUCCGAUUCUCGAGGCGUUUGGCAAUGCUAAAACGACUCGUAAUAACAACAGUUCUCGGUUCGGUAAGUUCAUCGAGGUGCAUUACGAUGGCCGAUGUCAGGUGGUAGGCGGACACAUUUCGCAUUACCUACUGGAGAAGAGCCGGAUAUGUACGCAGAGUGCGGAAGAGCGAAACUAUCACGUGUUUUACCUGUUGUGUGCGGGUGCUCCACAGCAAUUGCGCGAUAAGCUGCUGAUUGGAAAACCGGAUGAUUAUCGGUAUUUGGCGGGAUGUACGCAGUACUUUUCUACAUCACAAACAGACCGAAAGAUUUCCAAUUCGCAGAAAUCGAAGGAUCAUUUAAGUAGAGGUUCGUUAAAGGAUCCGAUACUGGAUGAUUACAACGAUUUUCAAGAAUUGGAUCAAGCGCUAAGUCGGCUAGGCUUAUCAGAUGUGCAGAAAUACCAAAUUUAUGGUUUAGUAGCAGCAGUUCUGCACCUGGGAAACAUAUGCUUCGAGGAGAAUCCAGAGGAUGCCAAAGGAGGGUGCCGAGUGACGCAUGGAUCCGAAAAAGCACUAGCGAUAACGGGAAAUCUGAUCGGAUUGGACCCUUCGGAACUGCGACAAGCGCUGGUUUCCAGAGUGAUGCAGAGUAAGGGUGGUGGAGUGAAGGGAACGGUUAUUAUGGUUCCGUUGAAGGUGUACGAGGCAAACAACGCACGCGAUGCGUUGGCCAAGGCGCUAUACUCGAGACUGUUCGAUCACAUUGUUUCACUGAUCAAUCAGAACAUUCCAUUCCAGGCAUCGAGUUACUACAUCGGAGUGCUGGAUAUUGCUGGAUUUGAGUACUUCACCGUGAAUUCGUUCGAACAGUUUUGUAUUAAUUACUGUAAUGAAAAGCUGCAAAAGUUUUUCAAUGACAAUACUCUAGCAGCCGAGCAAGAUCUAUACAAACGGGAGGGCCUUAAUGUGCCGGAAAUCAAAUUCACUGACAAUCAGGAUAUCAUUGAACUAAUUGAAUCAAAAUCAAGCGGCAUUUUCAACUUGCUGGAUGAGGAGUCCAAACUUCCCAAACCAUCGUUCGCCCACUUUACUGCCGAAGUUCACAGCGCUUGGCAGGGUCACUUUAGGCUGUCGUUACCGCGAGCUUCUCGCCUAAAGGCUCAUCGCGUAAUACGAGACGACGAAGGUUUCUUGGUGCGUCAUUUUGCCGGUGCGGUUUGCUACAACACGAAUCAAUUCAUCGAGAAGAAUAAUGACGCUUUGCAUGCCUCACUGGAAGGAUUGGUUCAGGAGUCGGAAAACUCACUGCUGAAACGGCUUUUCGCUAGCGGCAAAGGUACAUCCAGUAAAGGCAAAUUGUCCUUUAUCUCAGUGGGAUCUAAGUUCAAAACACAGCUCGGUGAAUUAAUGGACAAGUUGGAAAAGAAUGGCACAAACUUUAUCCGCUGUAUCAAACCUAACAGCCGCAUGAUCGAUCAAGAGUUCGAGGGUGGUCUGGCGUUAGCCCAGCUAAAGUGUUCCGGCACCACUACGGUGCUGGAACUGAUGGAGUACGGCUACCCAUCGCGAGUGCCCUUCAGUGAGCUUUACAACAUGUACAAAUCGUUCUUGCCGCCGGAAUUAGCUCGUCUUAAUCCGCGAACGUUCUGCGAGGCUAUGUUACACUCGCUGAAGCUCAAUAAUAAAGAUUUCAAGUUCGGUAUCACUAAGGUCUUCUUCCGGCCGGGUAAAUUCGUUGAGUUCGAUCGAAUUAUGAAGUCGGAUCCAGAGAACCUGCGAGCGAUUGUGGCUAAUGUGAAGAAAUGGUUAGUCCGAUCCCGAUGGAUCAAGUCGGUAUUCUGUGCAAUCUGUGUUAUCAAACUAAAGAAUCGCAUCAUCUAUCGCAACAAGUGUGUCCUAAUGGCGCAAAAGGUGAUUCGCGGUUAUUUGGCGCGUAAACAACACCAGCCGCGAUUUAAGGGCAUACAGAAGAUCAACGCCAUCAAAACAAACCUGGGCAAAAUGCAGGAAAUCGCCAAUCAAUUGAAAACCGAACGGGAUAGCAUGUUGAAACAAGUGGCCGACGUUACGCGAGCUAUCGACGAUGCCGUGCGCAAAAUCAAGGCUAAUCCUAGGAUUACUACGGCUGAAAUCGAUAAUUUAUAUGCGGGAGUGAUGGCCAAGAUCGAUACCCAAAUGAAGAUGAUACACAUCAAGCUUCAAGAGCAGCGCAACGCUGAAGAGCAAGAGCGAUUGCGGAAAAUACAGGCUGCACUCGAGGCGGAACGUAAAGCCAAAGAGGAAGAGGAACGACGGCUGCGUGAGGAGGAAGAAAAUCGAAGAAGGAAAGCCGAAAUGGAAGCUAGACGCAAGGAAGAGGAAGCUCGCCGUCUAAGGCAGGAAGAGGAAGAUCGUAAAGCUGCUCUUGCACUACAGGCUCAGCUAGAGAAGGAAGCCCAGGAAGAUAUCAAAUAUCGGCAGCAAUUGGAACAGGAAAGACGCGAUCAUGAGCUAGCCUUACGGCUGGCGCAGGAAUCCAACGGUCAGGUGGAGGACAGUCCACCGUUGCUAAGAAAAUCUGAAGCGAUCCGCGCUCAGCAACAGCUGAUCGAGAAGCAGAAGCAUGACCUCUCCAAGUGGAAGUACUCGGAGCUGCGGGACGCCAUCAACACUAGUUGCGACAUUGAGCUGCUGGAAGCUUGCCGUCAUGAGUUCCACCGCCGGCUGAAGGUUUACCAUGCAUGGAAGGCAAAGAACCGCAAGCGCACGACAAUGGACGAGAACGAGCGGGCACCGCGCAGUGUCAUGGAAGCUGCCGCACGUGCACCCCCGCGUUUAUCGCAAAAACAAGAAAUCACCACUGGCUCGGUUCAUCGGUAUUUCCGCAUCCCAUUCGUACGGCCGAGCAUCAAUCCGGAGGAUAACAAUAAAAGGGGCUGGUGGUAUGCGCACUUCGACGGUCAGUAUGUGGCUCGCCAGAUGGAGCUGCACGCCGACAAACCGCCCAUCCUGCUGGUGGCCGGCGUGGACGACAUGCAGAUGUGUGAACUAAGCCUGGAGGAAACGGGACUGACUCGGAAGCGAGGUGCUGAAAUCCUCGAACAUGAGUUCAACCGCGAAUGGGAACGAAAUGGUGGCAAGCCGUUCAAGAAGGUAGGCAAGUAGGCAAGGGUUGGUGUCGAUGUUUGGUUUCAAAAGAAUACAAAAUGAAAAAAAUACAUUACAUUUUGGGUGCUACGAAUCACGAAAUUCGUAUAUAACGUAUCUUUCAAAGAAACUCUAUGUUGUUUGAUAUAAUAGAGGAUGGCAUUCUCUAGAUAAAACGGAGAAUGUAAAGCUAUUUAUAUGAAGUACCAUUAUAUUGAACGAUGUAGAACUAGUAGACAAAUAAAAACAGGUUAAAAUUUUUCUGAUUUUCGAGUGUCUUGCGUUUAGGUGCCUUUUUUCGAAAAAAAAAAGUAUUAAAUCUAACCAGAUGUUUUCAUUAUUAACAUUCCGAGUUUUUCAAAUGCUGGAAACAUUGACCAAUUCGCUUCCAGUGUGAGUAUUUUCCGCUUUAUUGCAAUAUAUUCAGCUUACCUUUUUAUAUGAAAGUUAAACAUAGCAAAUAGUCAGCUUUUAGUGUGAGUUAAGAUUGUAUGACUGUUUUAAUUUAUGCUUAGAGACAAUUGAAAAUAUACAUGAUUUAUUCUAGGAAAGAUAUUUUACAGUUUCCGUAACGUAACGCAGAUGAUAUGCGAAAAUACGAUCAAGUAGCUGUGACAGAUUUUCCUUACAUGUUAUGUACCAACAAAACGAGAACCGCCUAUUAGAUCAUGAACAAAAAGUUAUUGCCGCUUAUCAAAAUUUGCAAAUACAAACAAUAACUAUAACAGUUCUAAAAUAUAUCUGUUGGUGUCUGAGAUCAUUUAAUACUAUAUAUAUAUAUUUAUCAAAAUUUAUCCUUCAGAAGUAGUAUUCUGGUACAAGUUAAAUAAGAACGAUUCGGUCCAGAAAGGGAAAGUCAAGGUGGGAACGAAGGCAACAGCGACCAUUCGUAGUUAAAAAAACUUCCGCUCCUUGAAUUCGAUAGCAAAGUGCACCUUCUACAUCUUUGUACUCAUCGUAGGAUGCUAUUCAGAUUUUCUCUAUUUACAUUGACAGAGCUAGUGGCGCAGAUAUGUCGAAGAUGCGAUGCAAAGUUAGUUUAUAAAACUAAGCCUAUUACUACUAAUUCAGCAUAAUAAUUAGAAUAAAAUUACGGCAGUUUU